AUGAAAGUAGUGGAUGCGUAUCCAGCAUCUUUUAAAGAUGCUUUCGAUGGUACUCUCAUCGGAACUGGCUACGACUCUGUUCUGAAUCAGCUUGUGGCACGGGCAGAAAACAUGAAAAGAGAAGAAUCCCAAAGUAGGAAUUGUAAUCAGAGGCAGUCUCAGAAGCGCUCAAGCUUUAUAAGCAGAACAUUCACUACUCCGCCUGGUGAUCCCGAGGAGUUGAGACAGAAGCAGCUUGCACUGCAGGCUAUGUUCAAGGAGGACCCAUCCUACAGAAAUGAUGUGAGUGUGCUGAUGGAAUCGACAUACUAUUUGCAACAAGAAGACAUUAAAGCAGGCUUGGCCAUACCAGAGCUCAAGAUCACAUGGCCGUUCUUGUGUACAGCAUGUGGAAUUCAAGGUCACCUCAAGAGCAUUCUCAAUAUUGACCUCAAGGAAACGCUUGAGCGUUCUUUAACAGAAAAAAAGUGCACUAUCAUGAAUUUUUUCAACAAGGGAAGGCAUGGAAAAAAAGCUGUAAUGAAGGUGUGGGAAGUGUUGCAAGCUCAACAUAACAAAACUGAACAUGUGGAGCUGCUUGGUGUGAUCCAGCUAAUUACCUCCUGGUUUGGGGAAGACCUCAGUGAACUUGUGCAGAAGAGAGAGGCAUGCUUGACUCCGACGGAGAUAGAGGAACUUGGUGAUGUGCCCCUGUCACCAUGCAUAAUUGCAGCAGGUGAUGACUUGUGGAACCUAGAGGAGUACCUCGUUCUUGUGGAUCACCAUGUGUUGGGAGCGACUGGAGACUUUACUACAGCAUUCUGCAUGUUAUUUGCAAGGUAUUUUUGCUUUCAUGUGUGCUAUGCUGAAGGAGUGGAGUCAACGCUGGAAUUUAUUCAAAGGGCACUUUUUGGCAUCAAUCCAGACCGUGGCAGCAAGGGGAACAAGAAAACAAAGAAAGUCAACCCCAAAGUCCUCAGUCUGACGAAGAAAAUAAUGGAAUGUGAGUGGAAUGUUUAGAUUUUGAAAGACAGACAAAAGCACAAGUUUGAUAUCUCUUGCAAAGGGAAUGUGAUAUUUAUUUUUGCCUGGAAUGGACAGGUGUGCGGCACAAGUGCGAUGAAGGCAUCACAAAAGGACUGUGAUAUUUUUUUGCGCCUGGAACGGAUAGGUGCGGAGAACAUUAAUAAAUGGCAGUGGUGCCCAUUUCUGCUACGUUUUCUGCCUGUACAGCAUAUUUCCACUUCACAUUUUACAGAAGUGGCCUAAUCCAUGCAUGCAGUUUUUAGGCUUUGAGGGACCUUUGUACGUGCAUAGAUGAAAAGCAGCAGCGCUGCUACUGUGUAAAUCAGGUCGAAUGAAUUUCACUGCAUGAGAUAGCAUAGACAUUGAAGAUCGAGAUUAAGUUUUCUUAUGCAUGACGAA